GCCUUUUCGAUUGCUUGGCAGCACCACGGAAAAUUUACGAACCCCGUCAGAAAUUUAUAUAUUGCAGACGACACGAAUAGUGCGAGGUCGGUUCGUUUAUUGUGGCCAGCCCAGUGAAAAUAAAAUUAAAAAUGGUAAAACUAGUUGUACAAAUGGCUAAGUACACCGCGAGAACAUUCUCAUAUAUUUCGAAAGACAGUUUGCUCACUCCUCCCGUUUCGAAAGCGUCCUUAUGUCUCUCACGUUCGAUUGCUACAUCUCGAUGUCUCAAUGCCGAAAGAUUAUACACGAAAUCACACGAGUGGAUAACAGUGGAUGGCAAUGUGGGCACAAUUGGAAUAUCCAAUUAUGCGCAAGAGGCAUUAGGUGAUGUUGUUUAUGCUCAGCUUCCAGAUGUUGAAUCUGUAAUACAAAAAGAAGAUGAAUGUGGAGCAUUAGAGUCAGUGAAGGCUGUAUCCGAGUUACUUAGUCCUGUAAGUGGUAAGGUAAUAGAAAAAAAUGAAAUAAUUGAAAAAACACCCGGUUUGGUAAAUUCUUCUUGCUAUGAGAAAGGAUGGUUGUUUAAAAUAGAAUUGAACAAUAUGGAUGAAAUCAAGAAUUUAAUGGAUGAGAAUGCAUAUAAUUUAUUUUUAAAAUCUGAUCCGCACUAAUUAUGUUUUAAACAAAUGCAACGUUGUUAUUUAGUCAUAGUUUAAUUUUCAUCGCCGUGAAUUAUUUUUAAUGAAUAAAAUGAGAAAAAAAACGAGUUCGAGUAAGAAUAGCAUAAUAUACAGGGUGUUCUGCCUCUCCUGGGAAAAAUUUUAAUGGAAGAUUCUAGAGGCCAAAAUAAGACGAAAAUCAAGAAUAUUGAAUAUGAAAUCAAUUAAAUUAAAAAAUUU